UUGAUUCAACUCCACACAACUACUUUUUCUUUUAACUUGAUUUGCUUUUUGCAGACAAAAAAAAAAAAACCACACGUGGUGGUCUUGAGUUUUGCUGUGAGAUUUUUGUGGACAAAACAGUCCAACUUCGGCUCCGAGAUCGGUCCCGCGCAUCCACUUCAUUUUUAAAAUUGAUUUAGUUUAUUCAUUUCGCACAAGGAUGCUGCUGCUGGUGCGCUCUUGGAAUAAACGCUGCCUUCUGCUGCUGCUCUUUGCCACCGCUGUGAGGUGCCAAGUUCCGGAGGGUCGACCCAAGGCCAACUCCAUCAAGCCUGGUCUUCUUGCGGGCGGUGCGGCAGCGGCGGAGGAGGAGGAGGAACAGGCGCCUACCGCCGCCUCCGACCGCUCGUCUACUGUGCGUACAAGCCCCGUCAAGAAGUUCAACAUUUUUGCGCAGCAGGUGUAUCCGUGCAGCAACGACAAGGAGUGCAGCGUGGGAAGUUAUUGCCACAGCCCCCAGCAGGCCCCAUCCCGCUGCCUCGCCUGCCGCAGGAGGAAGAAGCGCUGCCACCGGGACGCCAUGUGCUGCCCCGGCAACCGCUGCCAUAGCUAUAUUUGCAUGGCGAUUUCCGAGAGCGUGAUCUCCCCUCACAUCUCCGCCUUGGAUGAACACAACAAGCUCUCCGCCAAAGACCCCAGCUGGAAGAAAAGCACCGAGAAAACACACACCAAGCAUUCUCUUAAAGGUCACGAGGGUGACCCGUGCCUGCGUACGUCCGACUGCUCCGAGGGCUACUGCUGCGCCCGCCACUUCUGGACCAAAAUCUGCAAGCCGGUGCUGCGACUGGGCGAGGUGUGCACCAAACAGAGGAAGAAAGGGUCGCACAGCCUGGAGAUCUUCCAGCGGUGCGAUUGCGCCAAGGGCCUCUCGUGCAAGGUGUGGAAAGACGGCGCCUCGUCGUCCAAGUCCAGACUCCACAUGUGCCAGAAGAUCUGAAGGAGGAGGCGAUGCCGUUAGCGGGCAAUCCGAUCUGCCUGGGGAAUGCAGUUUUUUGUUUGUUUUUUUGAAUAGGGAUGGAGUAAAAAGACACGACUGCACGGGUGUUACUUCAGGUUAAUGACUUUGAAGGACGGACGGACUCCAGGCGGAGACAAUUCAUGCAGAAACCCUAUUAUUAUUCUUAAUAUGACCGCCCCGUGCAUUCCUCAAUAUCCUGCAAAGUCAAUUUGCUCUAAAGUCCUCCUGGUUUUCCCAUGCCAGCGGUUUUCCGCGAUGACAAAUACGCCAGUCGCAACGAGUUAGCUACUGCAAACGCUUUCUAAAAUAUCGGCCUUUUCGCAGCACAGAAAAGCAAUUUCAUCAUCAAACGGUAAGAUUAUAUUACUAUUUUAGUUCUACUUCAAUAAUUCGGGAUGUUCGUCUUUCUCCGAUUAUGUGCCAUUCCAGAAAGCUGGGAAACAUAUUACCACUCUCAUUUCGGAUGCUAAACGCAGAAAAUAUCAUCUUAAAAAAAAAUAAAAAAUUUUUCAACUGCAAUACCGAGAUUAAAUCCGUUAGUAACGAUAAUUAAUUUUUUUCCAAAACAAUUACAUCGAUGCUAAAUAGGGUCGUCAGGAUAAAACCGACUUGAAACAGUAAAACUGGCAGAAAUUACAGCAGUUUUAGCAUUUAGCAUACUGAUGCUAAAUUUGACCGUAACACUCGUGGACUUUUAAUCGGUUAAACCAAUGUUAGGUACAACAGUAAUAGCAAUUCGAAAUAUGGUCAUAAUUAUCUAAAAAAAAAAAAACAUUUUAAACAGACAUAGAAACAAUAAUACAGUAACCUUGUGCUCAAUAGUGUCCCAAGUGAGUUGGAGCCAAUCCGUGCUGAAGAUAGAACUCCCUGAAUUGGUGCCAGUAAAUCACAGACCACAUACAGACAUACUUUUACAAUUAUACACAGUCACGCUCACAGACAAUCACGCCUACUGACAAAUCAGAGGCAAUCGGUAAAAAGGAUGUUUUUUGGAAGACACUGGUGUUUGACACUGGGGUUUCGAAACCAAAUCUAUCAUGACUGGGAGGCAGAUGUGCUAUACACAAUUCCACGGCCAACGGGAAUAUUAUCCAUUAAUUUUUUUCACCGCUUAUCCUCAUAAGGGUCGCAGGGACCGCUGGAGCCUAUCCCAGCUGUUAACGGGCAGGAGGCGGGGUACACCCUGAACUGGUCGCCAGCCAAUCGCAGGGCACAUUGAGACAAACAGCCGCACUCACGUCACACCAAGGGGCAAUUUAGACUGUCCAAUUAAUGUUGCAUGUUUUUGGAAUGUGGGAGGAAAGCGGAGUGCCUGGAGGAAACCCACGCAGGCACAGGAGGAACAUGAAAACUCCACACAGGCGGGUCCGGGAUUGAAUCCGGGACCUGAGAACUGUGAGGCCAACGCAUUACCAGCUGAUCCACCGUGCCGCCACGGGAGUACUAACCAUCUGAAAUAUUAUCACACUACAUUAGUUAAAAUGUAUCUGCAUCAUUCCUAAAUAUUACCGAAAAACCAAGUUAAUCAAUAAACACUAAUACUAAUGUUCGCCUAACCCAGUCCUGUGCCUUAGUUCUGGACCACGCAGUAUUCUACUCCAGAGUAUCCGCUUUGCUGCAAGCGUUCACGUUUCCUUGCCACCCUCAUCCUCCUCCCAGAUAUAUUCCAAGAAACUAAUACAGGAAUGGGAACAAGUAAACACAGGUGCUAAUGUUAGCAUAGUCUUUAGCAUUGCCUUAGCUCCGGGAGCUAGUUUCCGUUUUUCUACCACACUUGUGUUUCCUUGUCACCGUUGGAUAAAAUUUGUCUUUUAAAUCCAGGAGACACUCAUUCUUUACUGUUUUUUUUAGCGUGUCUGAUUUAUACUUUCAAUCCGACAUGCUUUUUCCAUGGUAAUACCAUUUUAAAUUGGACCAUACCAAUCAAACCAAGCUGAGAUGGUACUGUACAAAGGAAAAGUAGCAGAAACAUACAGAUUUCAUUCCCGCACUAUUCCUCGCCACUCUUGGGACAUAUGAUUUUAUCCUGUGAUACGCUGAUCAUAAUUAUACCCCUCUGUUUAUUUAUUUCGCUGGUAUUCCAUCUCAGCAACAAUAACUAUUGACAUUUCCAAACAAAUUCCCAGUCACAAAAAUCCCAGAAAUGUCACUUGAAAACUUAACCGAAGAAAAACAAGUCAUCCAUUAGCCAUGAGUAUUGUUCGGGUAAUUUCUAAAAGGUAAUUGAGCAAUUAGAAUUGUUGUGUUGACUUCUCCGGUUCUGCCUUUCUGCUUAUUCCGAAGCCAGCCGGGUCCAAUUAUGCGAGAAGAUUGUUUACAAUAACUGCAAAUGUGCGUAUCAGUUCUGUAGUUAGCGGCGUCUACUUUUAAAAAGCACUAGUCCACAUAUUAUAUUUUCUCCCAUUAUUCUACUUUAUUUGUAACCAUCUCAAAACGUAUCUGAUCUUACUCUGUAAAUAGAAUGGAGGCGAUGAUGAAGUAUUUAAGAAACGGUGUAUAGCAUGUACAUAUAAUGAGAUUUAUAGCCUAAAUGGUACAGCCAAACAAUCAUGGCGAGAAGAGUGAAGGGAACAAAUGGUAGCCAUAUACUGCAGUAGAAGAUAUCCGAGAGGGAUUAUGGAUUAUAGGGAACAUUUCCGCAAACACAAAUACAUUGUGUAAAUGGUCUGUAUAUGAUGUUGAGAUUUAUAUCCGACUAAAUGUUGUUUUUCUGUGAAUAAUUGCUAUUGAUCUUGUUUUGCAAUACAACCAUGAACAAAGUAAAGAAUGUAUUUUGUAUUAACCGACCAAGUUUUACUUCGCACAACAGUGUACAUUGCUGUCACACUACAAAGAUUUGUAUUAUUAGCACUGAAAAAUGUGUUUUUUAAUGCGCUGACACAGAUCGCAGACAUGAGGAAAGAACUGGAUAGAUGGAUGUAUUGACUAGAUCCUGUAGAUAGCUAAGUAGGUAGGAAAGAGGGAUGAAUACAGAUGAAAAUACUGGUAAAUAAAAACCUACCUUGGAUUGACAUAUAGCUAAAUAAUGUGUACACAACCACUGUUUAAUUGACAGUGACAACAACGAAAAGAGCAACCGAGCGCUCAUGUUAGCGUGGCGUGGAUUUUUUGGGUAAACGCGACAAGUCGUUCUCAGACGUAAAGAACAAUAAAAGGGGUACACGACGGAGGCCAUGGACACAGUUUGAGGGCGAAGACAGCUAAAACGAGCCAUUCUCCGGCAAACAAUCACUGAAGUACAUUCACGGAGAGUGAUUUCCCCAAGAUGUGGAUGACUCCACAGCUAAUGCUCAUCUGAUGGUGUUUGUGUGGGAUUAUGAUGAGUCAGAACUGGAUUAAUACAGCGAGGCACAUAAACCAAAAGAUGCACGUUUUCCAGUUACUUACGACCGUGAAAUUGUGAAGUAGAAAGCUAGGUAACAUGAUCGAUAGCGUUGGAAAACAAGAGACCGCAUUUUGAAAGUCUUGGUCAUUUUGAACUUGACUCCCAGAACUCGCGGUCUCAGAGUUUCUGCACUCGAGAUUUUCUUGAGACCAGCACUGAUCUGCGGUUCUUUGACUUAAUCACUUUGAUAAUAAGCACAAGCACGAAGCAAAACAAAUACCCUCAAUUCAGGUGUUUCCAACAUUGUUGGCCUUAUGUCAAUCUCAGUUUGUUGCGGUUAUGGUCUCGACUCUGUCUGAAAUCGCCAUUGUCUUGAUCUGGGUGAGUUUUGGUCUCGGGCAAGUCUUGGUCUCAGGUAGAAUUUGACGGGUAGGAAGCUUGGACUGACAUAAGGGUAAGUAUCCAGGUAAAGGCUUGGUCACACCGUGACGUUCUGGUCAACGUCCUCUGAACAUUUCAAUCGUUCUAUUUUUCAGCGUUCUCAAACGCGGAUGACACAUCUGGCGUGUGAUUAAUGUGUGUCUAACGCAUGACUUAACGUGUCUCUAAUGCACGAAAACCAUGUCUAACGCAUGAAAAGCGUGUAACGGCGACCAAAUAAGAUACCCCUAAAAACCAUUAGCGUGUGCAAACGCGUCAUUGGGGCGCGACGAGCGAUUUGUCAAUGUAAGACGAGCGUGUUGUGUGUGUGACUAAACGGGUGAAUAAAGACAGAAAAGCGUUUUGCUGGCGUGGAAUUUUUUACAGUGGAACCGGCACUAAAACGUUGGAAAGUUCAUAGUCACUUCAGUUGUCGUGAGUUAGAACAGUGAGCAUCAUGCCGCCGAGAAGAAAAGAAGUUAUGGCGUGGACUUCAGCAACUAGCGCUGCUAGUAAGAAAGCUAAGCCUCUUUCAUCACGAGCAAUUUGUUUGGAGGAAAAACAACAGCAGGAGGAAGAAGAUGUCCGCGAAGUCACGCACCAUGUGACACCCCCUGGGGACCCUAAACACCUUGCAAACCCCAGUGAGGACGGUCCGACAAAGAGACGAAAGAAGCAGAGAAAGGAUUGGAGGAUCCUAGACCGAGCUGUUGAGGAUAGUCUGGUGGAGUUUUUCCGCGAAAACGAAGUGCUGCUUUCUGGAUCUUCCAUAGUAGGUGCUCUCUACUGUACUUUAAUAUUAAAUGGACCUUACUUACAAAGCAUCGGUUUAUAUACUCAUAUGCAUGCACGUUCGGGAAACGCACGAAUGACGUUCAAUGUACUCCAAACGACGUUCGUUUGACUAUAGUUACACGCUGUGCGCGCUACGGGACUGUUCUGUGGUCGUUGACAGGUCGCCAGUGAGUCGUUCACUGCAAAGCAAACGAUUAAGUAACAACCAAGUAAAGCUACAGUGACGACUGACUAACGAUAGCCAAACGCGCGCAACGCUUGGCGAACGUUAGUAAAACGUUCCGCGAACGUUCUUGAGCGUUCUGCAGCGUUUAAAAUUAAAUAUUGAUG